AUGGAUCUUUCAGUUGAUUGUUGUGUGGAAGUUUGUGAUAGUAAAGCGAUGAUGUAUGUGGAGAGUGGUGGAAAGUAUUAUUGUGGGUAUCAUUUUGAUGAAAGAUUUGAACCGUAUCAAGGAGAAAGAUUAAUCUCUCCAAUCCUUGCAGUUAACACGAUAAAAACUGUUGAUCUUAUCGUCAAGAUUUUCUCCACCUCACUUCUUGUGGACCUUAUAGGCAAGCCAGGUGAGAAUGGACAAGAGUUUUGUAAUGAGAUUAAGCUUCACAUGGAUGAAGUAAAGAGACAGAUGAAUAAAGCUAUUGAAACAAAAUCCUUGCAUGAAUUUGCAGACUUGAGAACAAGAGCAAAAAACCUCCAAGCCAUCGUCAACGAUGAAGAAUCUUUCAAGGAUUUUGCAAUCAAGUGGCUAUGGAGAUGAUCUGAAGAAAGCAUAAAAGAAAAGCCAAUCGGAGCCAUGGGAAUAGAUGACCUAAGAGAGUAUCAAAGCGAUAAACUUCAAGAAGAGAUCAAGAAGAAGGAUCUAGCCAUUGAGAAUCUUGAGGAAGAGAAUAAAACACUCUAUCAAGAGAUUGAACAACUAAAGCAGAGGCAUGAUCGAGGAAUACAAGACGAAGUCCUCCUCUCCUAUUCAGACUUCAACCUGCACUACAAAAAUAUCACCAGGGAAGCUCUUGAGCUAAACCCUGAGUCACGCCUAACUCUAUCUCUAAACGACCCAAACCACCUAGCCUGUCUUGUAGAUCUCCCUACCAAAAUGCCUGACAUUGAUAAGCUAGACCUGAAAAAGAUUCCUGGAGACAGCCAAGAAAUCAAAAGCUUUCUCAGGAAUAAAUUCCCUAAUAAAGUCAGAGUUCUUAACUUCAACUGGCAGUCUGAGAUAAACCCUUCAAUGGACUUCUAUAUGAGAGAGCUGGUAACCAUCAGCAAGAAUGUUCUUAAACAGUUCUUUAUAUAUAAAUUUGAAAUCUCUCAGCCAAAUCUUAUCAUGCUUCUUUCUGUUUGAAAGAAGAAAACAUGGAUAGGAUUUAUAACUUGAAAGCUCAAACUUGCUUCUGUUCCAAACUUUGGUGGGAGGCUUAGUGGUAGCACGAUAUAUGGAAUCGAUCUUAAUUCUUGUGGAAAAAGUGAAUAUGGAGACUGGGAAAACAAUCAAAUGCAUUUUGAUAAUCUAAUGAAUGGGCUUUCUCAGGAAAAUGAUCUAAAAAAUAGCCUGAAAAAGAUCAAGAUGACUAAAUGUGGACUCGAAGCAGAUCAGGUCACUAGUAUUUUACUCAAAUAUGGGUUCAGAGAUGAUACUAUUUCAAGCUACUCAAAAUAACUGGCUAUCAAGCAUAAUCCCGUAGAAAGGAUCCUAAUGCAUGCC